AUGGCUCGAGGACAUCAAAAAGAAUUAGCUCGUCAACGCAACGACAAAAAUGCUGCUGCAAACAAGCCAAAAUCACAAAAAGGCACUGCUGCUGCCGGUUUAACUUAUCAAUGUAGCAUUUGUAAAACCCAAAUGCCGGAUCCAAAAACAUAUAAAUUACACUUUGAAAACAAACAUCCGAAAAAUGAUUUGCCCGCUGAAUUAAAAGAUUCUUAA